CGCGGCCGCCAGAGCCGGCGCAGGGGAAGCGCCCGGGGCCCCGGGUGCAGCAGCGGCCGCCGCCUCCCGCGCCUCCCCGGCCCGCAGCCCGCAGCCCGCGGUCCCGCGGCCCCGGGGCCGGUACCUCUCCGGCUCCGGCUCCCCGCGCGCAAGAUGGCUGACCCGGCUGCGGGGCCGCCGCCGAGUGAGGGUGAGGAGAGCACCGUGCGCUUCGCCCGCAAAGGCGCCCUCCGGCAGAAGAAUGUGCACGAGGUCAAGAACCACAAAUUCACCGCCCGCUUCUUCAAGCAGCCCACCUUCUGCAGCCACUGCACCGACUUCAUCUGGGGCUUCGGGAAGCAGGGAUUCCAGUGCCAAGUUUGCUGCUUUGUGGUGCACAAGAGGUGCCAUGAAUUUGUCACAUUCUCCUGCCCCGGUGCUGACAAGGGUCCGGCCUCUGAUGAUCCCCGGAGCAAACACAAGUUUAAGAUCCACACGUACUCCAGCCCCACGUUUUGUGACCAUUGUGGGUCGCUGCUGUAUGGACUCAUCCACCAGGGGAUGAAAUGUGACACCUGUAUGAUGAACGUGCACAAGCGCUGCGUGAUGAACGUCCCCAGCCUGUGCGGCACGGACCACACGGAGCGCCGCGGCCGCAUCUACAUCCAGGCCCACAUCGACAGAGACGUCCUCAUUGUCCUCGUAAGAGAUGCUAAAAACCUUGUACCUAUGGACCCCAAUGGCUUGUCAGAUCCCUACGUAAAACUGAAACUGAUUCCUGAUCCUAAAAGUGAGAGCAAACAGAAGACCAAAACCAUCAAAUGCUCCCUCAACCCCGAGUGGAAUGAGACAUUUAGAUUUCAGCUGAAAGAAUCAGACAAAGACAGAAGACUGUCAGUAGAGAUUUGGGAUUGGGAUUUGACCAGCAGGAAUGACUUCAUGGGAUCUUUGUCCUUUGGGAUUUCUGAACUGCAGAAAGCCAGUGUUGAUGGCUGGUUUAAGUUACUGAGCCAGGAAGAAGGCGAGUACUUCAACGUGCCUGUCCCACCAGAAGGAAGUGAGGGCAAUGAAGAGCUGCGGCAGAAAUUUGAGAGGGCCAAGAUCAGUCAGGGAACCAAGGUCCCAGAAGAAAAGACGACCAACACUGUCUCCAAAUUUGACAACAAUGGCAACAGAGACCGGAUGAAACUGACCGAUUUUAACUUCCUAAUGGUGCUGGGGAAAGGCAGCUUUGGCAAGGUCAUGCUCUCAGAGCGAAAAGGCACAGAUGAGCUCUAUGCUGUGAAGAUCCUGAAGAAGGACGUCGUAAUCCAAGAUGAUGACGUGGAGUGCACCAUGGUGGAGAAGCGGGUGCUGGCCCUGCCCGGGAAGCCACCCUUCCUGACCCAGCUCCACUCCUGCUUCCAGACUAUGGACCGCCUGUACUUUGUGAUGGAGUACGUGAAUGGGGGUGACCUCAUGUAUCACAUCCAGCAAGUCGGCCGGUUCAAGGAGCCCCAUGCUGUAUUUUACGCUGCAGAAAUUGCUAUCGGUCUGUUCUUCUUACAGAGUAAGGGCAUCAUUUACCGUGACCUAAAACUUGACAACGUGAUGCUGGAUUCUGAGGGGCACAUCAAGAUUGCUGAUUUUGGCAUGUGUAAGGAAAACAUCUGGGAUGGGGUGACAACCAAGACAUUCUGCGGCACUCCAGACUACAUCGCCCCCGAGAUAAUUGCUUAUCAGCCCUAUGGGAAGUCCGUGGAUUGGUGGGCAUUUGGAGUCCUGCUGUAUGAAAUGUUGGCUGGGCAGGCACCCUUUGAAGGGGAAGAUGAAGAUGAGCUCUUCCAGUCCAUCAUGGAACACAAUGUAGCCUAUCCCAAGUCUAUGUCCAAGGAAGCUGUGGCCAUCUGCAAAGGGCUGAUGACCAAACACCCGGGCAAACGUCUGGGUUGCGGACCUGAAGGCGAACGUGAUAUCAAAGAGCAUGCAUUUUUCCGGUAUAUCGAUUGGGAGAAACUUGAACGCAAAGAGAUCCAGCCCCCAUAUAAGCCAAAAGCUUGUGGGCGAAAUGCUGAAAACUUCGACCGAUUUUUCACCCGCCAUCCACCAGUCCUAACACCUCCCGACCAGGAAGUCAUCAGGAAUAUUGACCAAUCAGAAUUCGAAGGAUUUUCCUUUGUUAACUCUGAAUUUUUAAAACCCGAAGUCAAGAGCUAAGUAGAUGUGUAGAUCUCCGUCCUUCAUUUCUGUCAUUCAAGCUCAAUGCCUAUUGUGGUGACAUUUUUAUGUUUUUCAUUGCCAAGUUGCAUCCAUGUUUGGUUUUCUGACGAGACUAGAGUGAUGGUGUUUCAGAACCCAAAUGUCCUCAGGUAGUUUGGAAGCAUCUCUGUGAGAUGGGAUUAUGCAGAUGGCCUAUGGAAAAUGCAGCUGCAUAAUUAACACAUUAUUGAAGUCCUCUUACAAUUUAUUUUCCGCAGCAUGUCAGCUAAGUAGACCCAAUGGGGAGAGAAAAUGCCUGCUUUCUCUCCCUCUUUUUCUGCACUGCCAUAUUCACCCCCAACCAUCCAAUCUGUGGAUAAUUGGAUGUUAGCAGUACUCUUCUACUUCCGGGCCUGGAGCUUGGCUUGUAUCCAAGUGUAUGGUUGCUUUGCCUAAGAGGAAUCCCUCUAUUUCACCUGUUCUGGAGGCACCAGACCUUGAAAAGAACGUGCUCAAAAUAAAAUGUUAUUUGUCUGGUUUUUUUUUUUUUUUUUCUUUUAACUCAAAGUUAAGAUGAUCGGAGUUCUUCAAAAAUUCCAAGAAUGUGCUUUUAGACGGUCUCAAUCCAAAAGCACUUCAAGGGGUCAAAGGGCAACGAGUGUGGGUGCUACCUCAAUGUUGUCGUUUCUGAUACUUUAUGUCUUUGAUCACUCUCAUCCCCAAACUACUUGAAAAGGGCAUUUGGCACCACUCCCUGAAACAACAGUCACUCUAGCAAGGCCCCCAGAGGGCCCUGGUUUUACAUUACAUUUCAAACUUUAUUUGCUUUGGGGUUUUGUUUCUGUUGUUGUUCAAAUGCAAACAAACAAACAAACAAACAAAAACAAAGGUGACUCACAACGUUACACAUGCUUUAAAAUAUAUGUUCAGAUGUUAUUAACCACAAUGACGACCUGCUUUGAUUUAACCAAGAAGAUGGCUGUGGAGCCUAGCAGACUCCUGUCUGUGGGAAUGGGGUUUGUCUAGGUUUGUGGCUGGCUUUAGAAAGUUAAUUACGUGCUCUGAAAAAGACACCGUUUCUUGAAGCAAAGAUGGUUGUAUUCCUCACUUUGAUGUUGUUUUGCAAGAUGUUUGUGGAAAUGUUCAUUUGUAUCUGGAUCUCUGUUAUGUGCCAUUUUUCUUCUAGCUUCAAGAUACAAUAAAAAAAAAAAGAAGAAGAAAUAAUAUUUCAAGGAACACUGAUCUUUUUGAAAAACAUGGACCUAAACUACAAAGUGGGAACCGAGACGGGAACUCAGGAAAAAGGAACUAACUGUGGAGCUUUAAUCUUGGCCCCAGUGUUCAGCCACUCAGCGAGGCAGGGACUGUGGCCCAUUCAGGGACUGUUGGUGGCCUAUAGUGGGGUGGGAUGACCUGGCCAGAGCCACCAAGGAUAUUGGAGCCCAAAGUCAAGUUUACAGACCAGCUGGGAAUGUGAACAGGGCUCUUAAUUUUCUUAUCAAAAUCACCACUCCUCCCAGCUUGGACUAAAUAUUCUUUCUAGCGAGCAGCUUUGUGAGCUCCCUGAAGUCCAAGGAAACCCUGGGGUGGGAGAAAUUUCAUUUCUGUCUGAGCGGAUUAAGACAGCAGGUGACUCCUCCUCCUUGCCUGCUGUGUCCUGCUAUUCUCAGGCAGCUCUAAAGAGAAUUCUUAUCACAGUCCAAGUGAUUUCCAGAAGUUUCAGGGCUUCUGAGAGACCAUCAAGGGAACUUUAACGACUUGACAAAUGUCCUUGAAGUCAGACGUCUCAUCUUUAAGGAAAGUGGGGUUUGGAUUUCUGUUUAGCCAAAGUCUCCUGCGGUUCAUCCUUGUGUGACCUCUUCUUGCUUCAGGCUUGGGGACCGUCCCUGCUAUGCCCAUUGUGGUGGUAAUUGGGACCUAAGAUGAAGCAAACUUGAAGUUCUAAUGGACAAGUUUAGGCAGUUAGAGAAGGAGGGAAACGGAGCAAAGCCCCCUCACUUUAUUGUUGAGAAACCGGCAUCUGGAGAGAGGAAGGAACUUGCCCAACUUCAAUCAGCUGGGAUAAAAACCUGGGUGUCCUGAUCCUCAGUGCAGGGCAGUUUCUGCUCUGUAACAAGGCAACAGGCAUCUCUGAGCGAGGCCCACAGACAGGCAAGAUGUGAGGUCCCUCAUCUGGUUGUUGGGUCAUGAUCUGAUUUUGCCUGGACAUGCUCUCAGGAAGACAAAACCAUGGAGAAACACUAGGCCAUUGAUGAAUGAUCCCAGACAACUUUAGAAAACAAUGUAGGAUAGAUGGAAAGAGAAAGAAAGAAA